AUAAAAUAAAAACAGAAUAAUUGUAGGUUCCUUACAUCUAGUUAGUGUACCUUUCAAUAUUUGUUUUUAACAUAUACUUAUAUUGGUGCAUGUAUUGAAAAUUAAUAAAAACCAUUAUCGACAUGAUUCGUUUCGAGGAGUCAUCGUCCUCAGUUGAAAGUUUGACGAGCAAAUUAGUUGUUUCUGAUGAACUAUCGUUGAUCAUUGAAAAUAAUACAAAUGUCAAAGACUUAGAUACGGAGCAAAUAGAUCAGUUAUUAAGUUUGAUCAAUUUAUGGAUGGAAUCAUUACAAAAAGAAAUUAAUCUUAUCGAAGAUAUAAAGGGUGGAAAAAUUCAAUACGUGUCAGCUAUCAAUGAAUACAAUUUUUGGGAAAAACGUUAUAAUAAUUUCAAAGCGAUACUGGAACAACUGUUGACCGACAAAGUAGUGCUAAAAUGUAUAAAUAUUUUGGAACAAAUAGUCAAUAGUCAAAUUGUUUUGUAUACGUUGAGGAUAUUUAAUGAAUUAAAAAACGAGUUUCAAAUAAUGUAUGAUACUACCGUUAGAAACACCAUGUAUUUUAUGGAAUUGAUUUACGAUGGAAUUGAUUCAAUCAUCAAUGCACCGUUUACGAUCGUUGUAGAAAACUUCAUACCACUGUACAACCAUUUAAAUCUAAUGUGGUUGACAUCAAGUUUGUUUAGCCGGAAAAAACACAUGGAACGUCUACUCGAGUCCAUUUCAAAUUCGGUUGCCGAUAGAGUUUCUGUAACUUUGAAUAUACCCGAGAUAUUCCGAUACAAAACUUCUAAAGCUGUGGAAUUGGUUAAGAGAGGCUUAUAUAUUUUGGACCAAUGGGAAGCGACAUAUAUUAAAUAUAAAAAGGAUAUUGAGGCAAUAUCCGCCCUUUAUUUCAGACGAUGGGCUUGGGAGUUUGACGAGGACAUACUCUUCCAUCGAUUACAUUUCGUUCGUUUAAUUGUACGCGAUCUAGACAAAAUAAUGAAGAUUAUAGAACUGUUAUUAAUGAGUCCUGAAGUUAGUCAUAUUUUUAAAAAUAGUUCGGAAAGCCAAAGAUUUAUUAAAGAAUACAUUACUCGUAUAUUUUUUAAAUUGGAAAUCAACGUGUAUGAUAGUAAUAAAGAAGAAAUUUGGAUAAAAAUAAUGGAUCAAUUUCUUCAUCAUUUUGAAACUAAUGUCUUUAAUAAAAUCAGUCAAUCGAUGAAAGUUUCAAACAGUGCAGUUAACGAUGUUAAAGUAUUGCAAUUUUUCGAGAACAUGAUGAUUCGACACACACUUAUAAAAAAACUUCGUCCAAAAUACGUGAUAAUUUUAGAAAAGUUCGUUGUAGAAAUUAAUAACUAUAAUACACAAUUCAUGUCGUUCAAAGAAUCUCCUCAAUUAUUUUUUGGCGUACCUCCGGUGGUAGGUAAAAUUAUUUUAGUACAAGAUCUUUUUCUAAGGGCGAAAAAAACCGCUCGCAUCGUUGAAUCAACAACAAAAUUUCCUCCUAAUCAGAAAACCAAAACAUUAUUAGUGUAUAAAAAGUUUUGCAAAAAAAUCUUAAAAUAUGAAAGUAACGUAGUUGAUACAUGGUUGCGUGACGCCCUUAAAAUUGAAGGGCGUUUAGUGGAAUGCGCUUUAUGGACUUUUUGUGGUAAUGAACUCGUGUCCACGUUCGACAGAGAAUUAUUUUUUUUCAUAGACACAGCACUACAUCUGCAUCUCCUAGGUCAUGAUUUGCCAAUUAUUAUUAUGAACUUAAUAGAAAAACAACAUCAGUUAAUACUUAAUAUAAAAACACUUGAUUCGUUAUUGGAAGUUUUCAACGAAAUAGUGGGCAGAAUGGAUGCUCCAAUUGCUUUGGCAAUGGAGCGUCACUUUUCUAAAGUAAAACUAGUUAUGCGUCCCGGUUUUGAAAAAAGAUAUACUUAUCUAUCAUUUCAGCUACCGAAAUUGAUGAAACACUGUUUGCGGUCUCUAAAUGUAUUUAACACAAUUUAUAAAGAAAUUGAAUUAUUUCAAACGAUCAUAUCCGAGAAACUCGAAUUAAUUGAAAACCUGAAGUUCUUUACUAUAGAUCCAAAUGGUGACGUUGAAGAUAUAUUCAUAUUGUUCGAUCGGUUCAUAACACAAGGAGAUAAAAACAUGUCGGUUAUAACACGCUCGAUGAACUACAUAGCUAAAGCACUAAAUUUGAUUGAAAAAACUUGUUACGAUUUAGAAAUUGAUGGCCAUAAUCACAUGCGUUUAUUAUACGAAAAAUAUGAAAACGCGUUAUAUGAUGCGUUUAUUGCAAUGGUCAAAAACAAUUGUAAAGCGUACAAAAAUAUAUUAGACGGUGAUCGCGUGGCCUUCGUAAUUUACGCACAGUUGAUCGAUGAUAAAUUUACUCUCGUUCCUAAUAUCAACACCAUAUAUGCCACGUUAACCAAGGCCAUGAACGAUAUGUUUAACCGAUUGAAAUCCGUACCCAGAUGGCUGAGAACCACUAAUGUUUUGUGUCCGUUCGUCAAUAGUAUGGGGACUGAUGAAUCGCAUCUACCUUAUACGUAUUACACUCACGUGGCGAAAUGCGAGGAUGUAUACGAUAUAAAAAAUGAAUGUUAUAGAACUAUUGGAAUACUUAUCAAUCGGUUGAAAAUAGCUGUAUUAAAGUUUGCAGGAUUUGGUUUCAUGAACGAAAAACGAAUUAAAAUGAUAAUUGAUCAAUUCACUGAGACAAAUCCUACACUGGCCGAUUACGGAGAGAAAUUAAAAUAUUUUUCCACACUAUCGACUCGUGUUGAAUGCGAGUUGUACAUCGAUUAUGGUUGUGUUCGAAUCGACAUUUCUGAAUUUAUAGCAGUGCUACGGGAACGGUGUGAUUUUUGGCAUUCGGUUUACGCGAAUCAAUUGAUACUUGAAUGCGACGAUAUUAUGACAAAGUUUUCACAAAAGUUGGUGACAUUAGAAGAACAGUUAAAUAAUCAUUUUCGAAAUUGCCAAGGCCUCGAUAUUGUAGAAAAAGCUAUUAUAAAAAUCAAAAAAACGGUAUUUCGUGCUGAUUCCACAUUUCACGAAAUACAUAAUCGAUUCCAUUUCAUGAUGCGGCAUAAAAUAACUGUACCCAAUUAUCAAUUAAACAAUUUCAGAGAUGUACAAAAUAAUUGGAAAAUUUUGUGCAAAGAUGCACUUAGCCGGAACUUAUGUUUUGAAAAUGCAAAAAAAGGUCUUAUUACAAUUAAUAGCACAUAAUUUAUAUGUAUAAAUAAUUAAUCUCACAAGUCAUAUGUGAUAUGUUUAUCACAAUAUUACUUACUCGUACCUAUAUACUAUUGAACAUUGGAUACCUAAAAAUGAAUUAUUUAUUUCGAAAAAACAAGAAACAAUAUGAUAUAUUAUCUAUUAUAUUAUUGCCUAUAUAAUUAUAGUUAAACAAAACCUUUAAACGUAUCAAAUUU